CAUGGAUACCCAGGUGAAGCUUGCGGUCGUGGUCAAGGUGAUGGGCCGCACGGGGUCGAGGGGUCAGGUGACCCAGGUGAGAGUCAAGUUCCUGGAUGACCAGAACCGUCUCAUCAUGAGGAACGUCAAGGGCCCCGUCCGUGAGGGCGACAUCCUCACCCUGCUCGAGUCUGAGCGGGAGGCCAGGAGGCUGCGCUAAGAAAUUUCUUCCUUCAUACCUGUCUGUCUUGGGACGAAGAAUGAUGUACUGUUGCCUUCUUAGUCUACUGCUUUCGUUCUUUGCCUAGCUAUGUGGAGGUGUAGUGAGUUUUGUUCUGUUGCCUAAAUUAAAGUGCACUUGAUGUUAUGAGACUUGAUCAUUGUCGCACCUCUUGGUAAUGUGAAUCGUGAAUCGUCUAUAUUGGAUCCUAUAUGAUUUGAAA